AUGCCUUUAUAUGAGGUCACAUUGAUCACAAAGUCCCUAUCCAAGGUUAGUUUUACCUAUUUUAACACUAACAUUUAAUAUCUUUUCUUUCUUUUGCAUUAUUAUAGGUUUUUAUUCUUUUUUUUUGCAGGCAGACUUGGUUAACACGAUAAAACGAGCAGCUACGACAUUUUUAGACAAUGGCGCUGUUAUUGAUAGCAUGGAAAGUUUAGGACAUCGUGAUCUACCUUUUAGAAGAACGUCGAAAUUGCUGAAAGAACCAACUUAUUCUACAAAGUAGGUUUUUGGAUUAGUUUUUAAAGUUUAGGUAAUUUAACGAAUGUAAACUAGGCUGAAAUUAUAAAUUAAAGAUAGCUUAAUAUUACAGCGUUCUGCUAAUAGUAAAUUCAUUUAAUGACUUUUAAUAUUUUAGCUAUUUUUUGUUGAAUACCUACAUGUCUAUCAAGACCAUGAACGACAUGACGAAGUUAUUGAAAAAUGACCGUGAUUUGUUAAAAAUUCAUGCCGUUUCUGAGCACGAAAAGCCCACACGACCAGAUUCUUGUGAUUUACACGAAUUCUUGAAGCCUCCGGCAUACAGAAAAUCAGUGGAGGAGUUGAGAGAGAACCAACGAUUAGGACAUUUCCCGAGGAUGCGGCUCUACAAACGUGUGGAAAGGGAAUGGAAAGCAAUCCCAAAGAGUUACCCUAUUCCACCACCUCGCAAAUGA